AAACACGGGAAUGACCGACUCUGUGGUUUCCAAUCGGCACAAGGACUGCAUACCUUGCCGGUUGAUUAGCGGAUUCGGGGUGAUCGGUAUGGGAAUGUAUAUCGCGCUGCAUGCACAGAAAAGGCCUAACCCGUUAGGUCGUUACAGCAUGUUUGGAAUCGCAACCGCUGCCGGAAGCAUAGGCAUUGCACGCUUGUUAGACGUUUAUCCUUUUGGUGAAAGAUCGAAGAAAUAGUUCGAACUGAGUUUACUGUAUAAA